UUCCCUUCCCGACCCCCGGAGCCUGGCGGGGGGCACUCGGGGACCCGAGGUCCCGGCAAAGCCGGUCUUUCCAGCCAGGGUGAUUUUCGUUUAAAGAUUAAUGGUGAGCCCGAGCUCUUAAUUAUUCCUCUAGGUGGGAGGUAGCAGCAGAGGCGUGUUAAUAUUUGAUAAGGCGCUGAAGGCCAUUGUAGCGGCUGGGCACCCGGCUCCGGCGGGCAUCGUCUCUGCCCUCUCCUCUGCAAGCCUCCCGGGAUCACCCCAUUUGCUCGUCCCCGGAUAGAUAGCCCUUCCAAGGUCUUUGGGGCGCGCAGGGCCAAAUGUCCUCUCCAGGGUUAAAACACCUUCCUUGGAGUGGUGGCUGAGGGGUGAGGGUCCCUCAGCUGCAGGGAGGGAGUGUGCCUUAGCCCGGACUAAGUGGCUCCUAGGGGGUAAGGAAUUGAGGGGCAUCUUGCAGCAACUCCAGAUCUUUCCUAGGAGGGGAGGAAAGAGAAAAGGGAGACGUUAAAAAAAAAAAAGAAAGAGAAAGAAAAGAAAACAGAAAAAUGUACUUGGAGGAUUGGGUGAUGGAAACAUCCUCAACAUCUGGAUUUAGAGAAACACCUUUGCGAUUAAUAUAGCUGGGUUGUAGCUGCGUAGCCUUGGGGUAAGUCACUUAAUCUCAGUUCUCUCACGUACAAAACAGGGAUAAGAGUUCUGACUUCAGGUGUUAUUUUGAAGAUUUAGAUAAGAUAGUGGGUGUAAGUGCUUCUCCAAGUGCCAGAGUAGCACACUCAGAUGCGGCAGAGGUCACGGCCGGGAUGACUAUCUCUGGCCAGCAGUCUCUGGCCUCGUGCAAUCUGCUCCUCUUCAGAGCUGGGCUUUCUGACUGGCAGCUGGAAGAGAUCCGCGGUCCUUCCUCCGCCCAUUUCACCCCCCAGGGAGCCUGAGGCUGGAGAACCACCAGGCUGUACCCAGAAGUCCCCCAAGCGUCCCUCUGCCUCAGACAUAGGAGGAGGGGAGAGGAUGGUCAGUCCCUUCAGAGCCCAGGACCCCUGGCCAGGAGUUGCUGAGACUUUGCCCAGGGCAUACUUGGGUUUUGCUGAGUUGGUUUUCAGGACCUCUCCCUCCCCCUGGAGUGGGAGGGUGGGGUGAGCAAGGUCCAUCAGUGUAAACGUCUUCAGUCGGCUCUGAAGAAGGGGGAUGGAGGGGGAUGUUACUGGGUGGCUCCUGAUGGUUGUUCGAGCUCUCACUCCACCCCUGGUCUGGGCAGGGGGACUAGGUAGAACCCGAGCUUGCAGUGGGGAUCUACGGGUCGCCCCUGUCCUUCCAGGCUCUCUUGGAUGUGGACUGGUAACUACCUGCAAGGGCAGACGGUUAUGUUACCCUGCCACCCUUUGCCAGAAAACCAGCCUCUUACCAUCACAUUGAUCUGACCCCUGGCCCUGUCUUUGUCAAUGUGAAGUUUUCCUGAUUCCUGUCUUGUGAAGAAGGUAGUUACAAGUGCAUUCAGCUAAGCGGGUCAAAAGUCUCCGUGAUUAAGACAGUGGAUCAGAGGUCACCAUUACAAACCCAGGAGCCGUGGCAGAGACAGGAAAGAGCACAUUCCUAAGAAAAGCUCAGCCUGGACCAUAUGGGCCGUGGGGAGGCUGAGUGGGGGUUCCACCCUUCAGAGCCGCCUCCCAGGGACUCUGACUUAUGCAAAGCUUUCCCUGGAAUGGCUUCUUCUGGGGCCUCCAGUCCAGAGGAGGACCCGGCUCGACCAUGGAGGCCCCUUCUAUCUUUGGGUCCUCUGAGAGGUGAAGACACCUCAAGGGAGGAUUGUAUCACACAAGGAGCAUUUCUCAGUGCAAAGGACAUUUUAUUAGUUGUCUCCUAAGCCCCUGGGUGUUUGGUGGCAGUUCCUUCUGUCUGAGGAAGAAUGUGGGCUCAGAAAAAUUAAUGAACUCUGCUGGAGAGAUUAGUGGAGAUUAAACAGAGGCAGAGCCAAGACUGAAGGCAAGUGAAUGGGCUCCUCUGGAGCUCUGCCCGCCUGCAGCGAGUGGGUGGGGGUGUCCAGGCCUGGGGACUGGCCAUUCUAGGAAGACUCUUCAGGGACUGUCAGUCUGGAAAAGCAGCAGCAUAGAUGAAGCCUCUGACCCAGAGCUGGGAAACUCAAAAACCCCGGGUGGUUCUGAGGUGCCCACAUGGCAGUGCCCUGUGGUGCCCACUUUCUUGUCCUCCAGUCCUCUUCCCUACUGAGAACCUGAUGGCCCCAAGGCUCCCUCCAGACCCGGUCUGCACUCUAGGGACCCCAGAGAAGGUCCUGGCAGCCCAAGGAGGAGCCGCCCUUCCCCUCCACCCACCCCCAAGCUCAGCAGCCACCUCAUACUGAGCAGAAGCUGUGCUUUUCUUAAGAAUUUCCUCAUCCGUGAGUUCUUUGUAACUUACUUCACUUCUCUCUGCCCUCCCUUCACUUUCAUCAUCUGUGCACUGACAAGAAACCAGAGGGAUGGAAGUGAGGGGAAGGGAAGGACUUGUCAGGGGCUUUGCUGAAUUCCACACUGCCUGAAUCCCUCUAUACCACCUCUCAUUUAAUCUUCUCUGCAGGCCGACGAGGUAGGUUCCAUUUUACAGAUGAUAAAACUGAGGCUCCAAGACAUGGAGUGACUUGCCCCGUACCCCCAGCUCCUAAGUGGGCCAGCCCUGGGUCAAAUGCUUUGUCCACUUGCUGGAACAAUCCCUUUCUUUUCCUUCUCUCAAUAGACCUUAAUGUCAGAGCAGGUUUAGGUUUACAGAAAAAUUGAGCAGAAAGCUGAGCCCCACGUACCCCUCUGCCCCUGCACUUGCAUUUGUGUGGCAGCUUCUUUGGAGAUGCUGGUUCUAAUCCUGAGGCAGAGCCAGGAUUAGAAUCUGAGUCUGUGGGGUCCAAAGACCAGGACGAGGGGGUGGCCGGGCAAGGAAAGAGGCCUGGCUCCUUCCCGAGGGCUCUGAGUCUAGCCAAGAACGGGGCUUAAUAACAUGAGCGGGUGUGUUCUGGGGCAGGGCCAGCCUGAUCUCCAUGGUUCCCAUCAACUCUGGGUGGCAACCAGGCUGUCCACCCUUCCCUGGGGUGGCACAGCUGGAAGCUAAAACCCCUCUUCUUCCCCUUUAUCCAGGGCCAGCUUCCAGGUUUGGGGGAGGGGGUGCAUGGAGGAAGGGGAGGCGGAUGAGUGGCAGGUGGAAAGUGAACAGCUCAAGCCCUGGGGAGAGCUGGUAGCCUCAGGGGCUGUCUGAGGCUGGCUGCUUGUCUGAGGGGAUAUUGCCCCGGGGCAAGAUGACCGGUUGAUUAACUAUGGCUCAGGGACAGCAAGACCUGGUGGCUUCUGUCACAUAAGUCCCCCAUCCUUACACUUCCUUACCUCUCCCGCCCCGGGGCCUCAGUCCCAGGCCCCAGGAAUGCGCUGUCCCCAUCCAACCAAUGGGGGCUCCGACUCCAGGAUAUUUCCUGCCUCUGGCCACCCCUGGGCACAAGAUACAGAGCUGCUUAUGUGCACAAACACAUGUGUUCAGAGUAGGUGGGCACAGACCCUGCACACGUAUGUGCUGGCCUCACACCCGUCUCUCUCAGCAACAGAGAAGUGGUGCUACGAGAUUCAAGCCAAGGCCUCCAACAACAGCUGCCCGGGGCCGGCCCAGUGGCCGGGGGACUGCCAGAAGACCCGCCAGUCCCCCAUCGACAUCGUCCCCGCCAAGACAGUGGUGAACCCAGGCCUGGGGUCCUUCUCCUUCUCCGGCUAUGACAAGAAAGAGAAGUGGCCGGUCUCAAACAAUGGGCACACAGUGAUGGUGUCGCUGUCCAGUGAUAUCACAAUCUCUGGGGGAGGCCUGGCCGCCCAGUACCGGGCCACGCAGCUGCACCUGCACUGGUCCGAGAAGCUGGGUAAUGGCUCGGAGCACAGCCUGAAUGGGAAGCACUUUGCCAUGGAGAUGCACAUAGUCCACGAGAAAGUAACAGGGACAUCAAAGAACAAGAAGGAAGUCCAGGACUCCAAAGAUGAUAUCGCGGUGCUGGCCUUCCUGGUGGAGGCUGGAUCCAAGAAUGAUGGCUUCCAGGCCCUGGUGGAUGUGUUGCCUGACGUCUCCAAGCCCCACAGUCAAACCACGAUGAAGAAGAGCAUCAGCCUGUUCGACCUGCUCCCGGAGAAGGAGAAGCUGGAGGCCUACUUCCGCUACCUGGGCUCGCUCACCACGCCCGGCUGCCAGGAGAAAGUCGUCUGGACUGUGUUUGAGGAGCCCAUUAAACUCCAGGAAGAGCAGAUCCUUGCGUUCUCCCAGCAUCUGUACUACGAUGAGCAGAAGAAAAUGGCCAUGACAGACAAUGUCAGGCCCCUGCAGCACCUGGGACAGCGCUCAGUGUUCAAGUCCCAGGCCCCAGGACAGCUGCUGUCCUUGCCCUUGACCACCCUGCUGGCCCCCACACUCGCCUACCUGACUGUUGGCUCCCUCCGAUGAUGGCUCGCUUCGGGACACUUGACCUCUGACUCCGCCCUCAGAGGACUUAGCCCUUGGUUCCUUAAGCUUCCAAGUUUUGAUUUUGAUUUGGUGAUUAAAAUAUGGGUAUA